AUGGAGUACUGGAGAAGCCUUCCGGUGGAUGUGGCAGAAGAGAUACUCGCUAGGUUUCCGGCUAAAACUGUAGCACGAUUGCGUUCAACAUCGAAACAAUGGAACGCUCUAUUGAAAUAUUGGAGCUUUGCUAAGAUACACUCUGCUAAAGCACCAAAGGAAGAGUCUCUGGUUAUAAGUUUAAUUCAUUCUAGGGUUUGCUUAGUGAGGAUCGAUCUCCGUGGAGAUCACGACAACAAGUUUUCUCCAUCUGCUAAGGUUGCAUCUCAAUUAUACCUAAAAGUUCCCUUUUCUAAUUCUUCACAAGUGAAUAUACGUGAAGUCUUUCACUGCGACGGUUUAUUGCUAUGCACCACCAAGGACAGUAGACUUGCGGUUUGGAAUCCAUGUUCAGGGGAAACCAAGUGGGCUAAACCUAGAGUCAGCUACAAGGAAUCCGACUACUAUGCUCUCGGUUACGAACAAAAUUCUUUGUGCAAACAAUACAAAAUCUUGAGGGUGGAUCGUCAAGAUAUACAAAUCAAGAACGAGUACGAGAUUUAUGACUUCACCUCUAAUUCGUGGAGAGUUGUUGGUGUGGCUACUGAUUGGUUUUUAGGAGAAUAUCGUCGUGGCAUAUCUGUGAAGGGAAUUACUUAUUGGGGUUCUACUCAAGUAGAGACGCCACAUGUUGAGUUUUUACUAAGUUUUGAUUUUUCAACUGAGAGAUUUCAAAGCCUGUCUCUUCCUCUUUCUCAUCCGUUUCCUUAUUCGAUUGCGGCUUUAUCAGUGGUUGGAGAAAAGCAUCUUUUUCUAUUAUGUACUGCUUGCAAAUUUUGGAUUACUGGAACUCUCGAAGUCAAUGAUUUCCAAGUAUGGGUGGCAAAUAAUACCGGAUCAGUUGGGUCAUGGAGAAAGUCCCUAGGAGUGGGUUUUUAUAGAGGUAAAAAGUAUCCUAAUGGGAUGAGUUUUUUGGUAGACGAACAGAACGAAGUUGUAAUGUAUUUGGGAGACAACAACAUCUUACAUAUCGUGUGCAAAGACAAAUACACAUACACACAAAUUGAGGGCGAUACUCUUGGUGGAGAUUCUACAUGCACAUCAUCAUCUUGCUCAGUUCUUCUGAAUUAUGUUCCAAGUUUGGCUCAGAUCCAACAAGGUGGAGGACGCAAAAGGAAAACACCAAGCACGUGUGACUUGUAA